UGCAUUUUAGGGGGGGAAACGAGGUUGAAAGCGGAGUUUAGUACGGGGUUUUGAUUGGGAUUUGCAAUCAGUGUGUCAAUUACCGGAAGAUAAGAUUUAGGGUUCUGGUUUGGUAGUUGAGAAUUCUUCGUGGAAGUGAUAAUGGGCUUUGGAAACUUCGAGAAUGCCAUAGCAAUUGGCGAAUUGUAAAGCGUUUCAAUUUUUUUUUACUGUUUCAAUGUGUUUUGGAGGGAUGUAUGAGCUGAGGUUUUUGAGUUGGAGGUGCGGAUUGACUCGAGAAACAGACUUAAAGUGGACGAAGCUCGGAAAUUGUCCUUGAGAAAUAACGAGGGCGAAGUGACGAGCGAGUUUAUUUGAAGCUUUUUUAUGGAUGUUUCUAUCAUGGCGAGCGUGGCUCCCGUUCGGUUUUUAGGGCCUAUUCGUGCGCUGGAUGUUCGAGGCCCACGCAACCUGUCGUCCACAUCUUUUGUUCGUAGAACUUCCAAAACUUCUCUUCUGUUUUUCAUUCACCACAAUAGGUUCCCCUCUUUGCAUUCUCAGUCUCCCAACUGGCGACGGGGACAGACUUGCAUUGUGUCACUGAAGAAUAUUGAGGAAGGUGAAGUUCCUUCUCUACGCGACAAAUGGAAGAAAUCAACCCCAACUCCUAAACCCAAAGACAAAUUCACCUAUCCUGUCCGGGGGAAGAGUUCCGAACCAGAAUUUCCUUGGAGAAAAGCAAUAGAAGACGAGCCUUCAAAUGACGGGACCAAUUACUCUCAAAAACGCAGAUAUGGGAAUAGUGCCCUAGAUAGGCAGUCUGAUGCUGAGUUUUCACCGGAUUUCAAUAAAAAUGUUUUUGGGAGAGGGGAUGCGCAGAUGCGACACUCAAACUCUAGGUACCAGAAACCAGGCUCUUUUGCCUCCAAUAGGCGAGGAGACGAAACAGGUAGAGCAGGGGGUAAUUACCCAAUGAAAAAAAAUGAAUCUUCGAAGCCAACCACUUCUAGGUAUCCUAAACAUGAUUCGGGGCGGAACAUGCAUAGGGCACCAUGGGAGUCCGGAGCAGCUCAAGGAAAAUUUCGAGACAGGAGUUUGUCACCGUCAAUGAACAGGAGUUUGAAUGAAAGAGAUGUUGACGAAAAGGAAGAGUUCGACUUUGAAGAUUCCAGAUCGAGCGCAGAAACCUACUCGGGCGGAGGUCGAAAAUCUGCUAUGGCUCGAAUCGUGGAAAAAUUGCGUGCAAUUGGUAACGAUCAGUCUGCAAUUUCGGCGGGCUCCAACAAAAGUUUGCCUGUCCCUGCGACUUCGGUCUUUCUGCCAAGACCUGGUCAGGCUGCACAGUCUGGGUUAAAUGGAAGAUGGAGCAACUCCGAUCAUCCAGUACCAAAGCAGGCUUCUGAUGAUCUUGGGCAGCUUACGCUAGAUGCAAAAUUUCCUUGGGACAAGAAUACACAUGAAGAAGUCAAUGAAGAAGAAGGACAGGUUGCCAAGAAACAGAGAGUCAGAUCUCCCUCCAUGGCCGAGCUCACAAUACCAGAUUUUGAGUUGAAAAGGUUGCGUACACUUGGGCUGCAGUUGCAGGGACGGCUGAAGAUUGGUCGAUUAGGAGUGACUCCCGGAAUUGUGGAGGCAAUCCAUGAAAGGUGGCGCACUUGUGAGAUCGCUAAAGUGAAAUGUGAUGCUCCCCUAUCAAUGAAUAUGAAGAAAGCACACGAGGAUCUUGAGCGAUUGACUGGCGGGUUGGUCAUAUGGCGUUCAGGCAGUGCCGCAGUAGUUUAUCGUGGGAAGGACUAUGUCCACCCAUCUGUGCGGGAGAGAGAGGAAAGAGAGGAAAGGGAAAGGAGGAAAUUAUUAUCUCUUAAUCUGGACGAGGAUGAAGAAAGGGAAGAACAAAUAGACUCCACGUCUACUGGUAAUGAAGAGAAAGAGAAGCCGUCAAACAAAGUUGUGACACUUCAUAGCACAGAAGAGCAGUCAGUGGAUGAAGCACCACUGGAUUCAGUGUCUGUAGAGAGGGAAGCAUAUUUGAAGAAGCAGGAGAAUGAUCUGAGGAUGGUGGAAGAAAUUCUUGAUGGACUAGGGCCACGGUAUGCCGACUGGACUGGGAGGAGACCAGUGCCAGUGGAUGGGGAUCUUUUGCUAAGUUCAGAUUUUGAAUUCAAGCGUCCCUUCAGGCUACUGCCCUAUGGAGUAAAACCCAAACUUAACAAUUUUGAAUUGACAGAACUACGUCAUCUGGCACGACCUAUUCCUCCUCAUAUUGUACUCGGUAAAAAUAGAGGACUUGAUGGAGUUGCUGCAGCUAUUGUGAAAUUGUGGGAGAGGAGCGAAAUUGUGAAGAUAGGUGUGAAGAGGGGGGUCCAAAAUACAAGCAACGAGCGAAUGGCUGAAGAGCUGAAGAGGCUGACUGGAGGAACCUUAUUAUCUAGAGAUAAGGAGUUCAUCGUGUUUCAUCGUGGCAAAGACUUUUUACCCCCAGCAGUUCAAGCGGCACUUGAAGAGAGGGAUCAAAUGGCUAAAGCAUUGCAGGAGGAGGAAGAAAGGUUUCGUAUGGGGGGCCGGAGUAGACCAGUGCAAGUCGUCGAAGAAACCAGCAAAGUGGGGACAUUGGAAGAGGCCCUGGAAACAAGAGCUAAGUGGGAAGCCUGGCUGGAUAGUGAUGAAGCUCGCAAAGAAAGAAUAGCAGCACGGAAGAGGAAAAGAGCUCAGGCCACUGACAGGAUACGGUCAAAGUUGAACUUGGCACUUAAAAAGAUGGAAAGAGCACAGUUAGAGCUAAACAAGGUUGAAGCAAAAACGACUCCUGCUAAUGUUACCCUGGAUAAGGAGCAUCUUUCAGAUGGAGAGAGAUACAUGUACAGAAAGCUUGGGUUGAAAAUGAAGGCCUUUCUUCUAUUGGGUAGGAGGGGAGUAUUCAGCGGCACUGUUGAGAAUAUGCACCUUCACUGGAAAUAUAGGGAACUUGUAAAAAUUCUUGUGAAGACAUCACUGCCUGAGGCUGAACGAAUAGCGAAAAUACUUGAGAAUGAGAGUGGAGGAAUUUUGGUUGAUAUUAUCACUACUUCUAAGGGACAAGCCAUUGUGAUGUACCGAGGCAAGAAUUACCAGCGUCCAUCUGAACUUAGACCGAGGCAUCUUCUCACAAAAAGACAAGCUUUGAAACGAUCUCUCGAGAUGCAGCGGAUGGAGUCCUUGGAGAAGCAUAUCCGGGUACUAAAGAAGGAGAUUGAGACAAUGCAGGCAGGCUUGAGCAAAAUGGAGGAGGAAGAUGAUUCGGAAAGUGACAACGGCUCACGAAGCAAACUUGAAGACCUUGACGACGCAGACUUUGCAUUUGACGGAUUUGAGUAUGACGGCGAAUUUUCACGAGUGAAGGAAAAGAGUGGCUCCUAUUUCCGGGCUGAACCUCUUACACGUAAACAAAGGCAUUUUUUGCGGCAACAAAUUCCACUAAUGAUGGGGAAAGCUGCUAAUUUCAACAUUGGAAAGGAGACUGUGUAUGAAGACUUAGCCAAGUCUAUUUGUGCGUUUCUUGAAAAGAAUCCUUUUGUAAAAAUUGGUGUGAAGGGAAGACCAAAGGGUACCUCGGUGGCUUCAGUUGUGGAACAAAUUGAGGAAUCUACUGGGGCUGUUUUACUCGAUACAGAACCAAGCAAACUUAUAUUUUAUCGUGGGUGGCCUCCUGGUGAAGGACGGCCGGACUUGGCAGCUUCCAGGCAAGAAGACGAAGAAGAAGAUGAAGACACUUUGACAUCAGACGGUCGAAGUGCUACGAGUAGUGUAAGCGAAUUAGAGAUUAAGAAAGAUGAUGUUGAGGAUGAUGACGAUGAGGAUGACUUUGGCAUUGAUAAUUGGACUGAAGAGGAUUAUGAUGAGGACGACAAUGAAGAUGGAGAACAGGAGGAAAGUUUGGGACAUGAGGAAGGCAUGGAGGGCAGAUGGUUCAGCUUUUCCGGUGAGGAAUCUGAUUACACUGAUUCGGAUGGUGAUGAUCUGAUAGCUUCUAGUAAGAGGGGCAAUGCGGCAGAGCAAGACACUACAGACUCAGAAGAGGGAGUAGGGAGGCUACUGUCUCACGAAGUAACAUAGCAUAUAUUCAAGUUGUUAAAUUUAAUCCAGAAGCUGAUUCGCCAAAGCUUGAAGGGUGAAGUUCAUCAAAACUGCCUGAGGACGGGAAACAAAUUGGUUGUUUCUCGCGCAAUUUUGUUUAGCUUAGUGCAAUAUGUAGUGCCUGAAAUGGUGCAUAGUUGCUUUAGAGAACCUUUUUUAGGUAGAAAUUUUCGUAACAUUUCGUAGCAUCUGGGAAAGUGGCUUUUUGCCGUAUUAUGUUAUUUAGAUGAAGGGUUCAUAUUUUACUGUAUAUGCGCAAUACUAGGUAAGAAAUGGACAGGUGCUAAUUCCUGCCACCUUGCCAUUGAUGGUAGAAUGGUAGGAGGUAAUCUCUUACCUAGCUACUAAUGGCAUGGACAUAGUACUCAACAGAAUAUACGGACUCUGGAGACCAAGUCACUGCAGGGUACGGAGUGAAACUCAGUUUCGAUGUCAUUCUUUUAUAAAGAUCACCACCGCUGCUUCAGUUUUUCUUUGUU